AUGCCCACAAACAAGAAAAUUCCAUCCAAGAAAGAGUCCAGUCAGUCAAAAAAUGGAGUCCAAAAACCUGAAACAUCAAGGAAGAGCCAAGAUGAUAAGACCACUUCAGAGGGCCACUGUCCAGAGAGCCAGCCUGCAAUACUUUCAACUGAAGAUAUAGAGACAGUUAAUGAAGUUUCCAAAUUGAGUAUUGCUCAUGAAAUCAUAGUAAACCAAAAUUUCGUGGUAGAAGAGAAUUAUUUACCUCAAGGAAGUCUAGAAAACAAGUUUGUGGAGACAAUGUGCAAUGCAUUUUGGGACCACUUGAAAAAUCAACUGUCAAGUACUCCUCCUGACUUUUCUUGUGCUCUUGAACUUAUAAACAACAUAAAACAAAUUUUGGUGUCACUGCUAUUACCACGUCAGAACCAUCUAAGAAAUGAGAUUGAAGAAGCAUUAGACAUGGAUCUUCUCAAACAAGAAACUGAACACGGAGCUCUGGAUGUUCCUCAUCUCUCAAAUUAUAUCCUCAACUUGAUGGCUCUCAUGUGUGCACCAGUUAGAGAUGAAGCCGUACAGAAACUAGAAAGCAUAAAGGAUCCAGUACAGUUACUAAGGGGCAUCACCCAGGUUCUGGACCUGAUGAAAAUGGAUAUGAUAAACUAUACUAUCAAGAGCAUCCGACCAUACUUGCUGGAACAUUCUAUCGAAUAUGAACGAGCUAAAUUCCAAGAACUCCUGGACAAGCAGCCUGAACAACGAAUACAUUUGUUCCUUAAAAGCUGUUUGAUUCAUGGCAUGCAGGAAUCUCUUCUAGAUGUCCCUGGAGGCCUCCUUUUCAUUGAACCUGAGUUGGCAGAACUAGGCUGGAAGUUUGUUAAUCUGAUGCAUCACAACCAGCAGGUAUAUAAUCCAUACUAUGCUGAGAUCCUAACAAAUAUCAUCUCUUCAUGA